UUGUGAAAACGAGGAUAGUCACAGACAGACAGAGUUUUUACAACUUCAAAUCUCUAAAAUAUUUUGUAAAACAGUCCUUAAAAAACAUUCUACAUUUCCAAAAAUCUUAAUUAAUAUUCCAAGAGACAACAUAUUUUAUUCUUCAUUUUCAUACGCCUAUCAAAAAAGGGUGACUGUCAAUCUUUUCUUUUGUUCAUUCUAUGCUGCGAUAUGCAUUCUUUUUGAUUCGCCGAUUUCGUGUGAAUCGUCUCAAUUCCUGGCUUCUCUCUCACGUCUACACAACCUCCACACGUCAGAAUUUAAAACAUCAACCGGCAACUGCCUCUACUAGUGUUCAAGAAGUUGUUACUAUUAGCAGCAGAAACAACAGCAAUUGCAGCGAUUUUAUGAUGAUGAUAAAACCAAUUAUUAUUUCUGGCCCCUCAGGUGGUGGAAAGUCUACUAUUUUGGCUAAAGCAAUGAAAGAAUAUCCAGAUGCUUUUGCUUUUAGUGUUUCACACACAACUCGUAAACCUCGAGAUGGAGAAUUGGAUGGUCAACAUUAUUAUUUUAUAGAGAAGUCUGAAUUUGAACGAAUGAUUAAAGACGGCGAAUUUCUUGAACAUGCCCAAUUUGGUGGUAACUUUUACGGGACGAGCAAAAAAGCUGUUCAAGAUAUUUGUAAUAGUGGAAAAAUUUGUGUAUUAGAUGUUGAACUUCAAGGGGUUCGAAAUUUUAAGAAGGCACAAUUUGAAGCAAAAUAUAUUUUUGUUCGUCCCCCGUCAAUGGAAGUUUUGGAAAAUCGCUUGCGUCAACGUGGCACGGAAACAGAUGAUUCGCUUGAGAAGCGACUUAAACAUGCAAAAGAGGAUCUUUUGGCAGUUGAAAACGAGUCAACUCUUUUUGAUGUCGUUGUCAUUAAUGAGCAACUUGACAAAGCUUAUUCUGAUUUUCUUAACGCAAUUCGUUCAGAAUUGGAUGUUUUUAUACAAAAACGAAGCGAGAAGGAAAUGAGUAAUGGAGAAGGAAAAAAUGUAAAGAAUUAA